UUGAAGCUCAGCCGUCGGAGUGGUUUGAACGUGUGCAGAAAUGCUGACGCUUGUUUCGGUCAUAAAUCGCGUUGACUUGUAAUUGGAAUUCGGCGACUUCGCUAAAUGCGGCAAUCGGCGAAAUUCAAAUCAAUGGUCGAUAUUACAAAUUGUUAGAAACUGUGCGUUGCGCAAAGCAAAUAUUUAGUAGUCUAAAAUAUCACGAAAUCUUCUCGCGUGUGAAUCGUAGUAUAACGUUUAAUGUUCGGGGGCUAAGGAAUAUGUGGUUUGCGUGUUUGUUUCACUUCACCUUCAACUCUGUCGCGAAUGUGGCAAACGUCAAAUGGUUUUGGCAACUUCAAAAGAGAAAGCCUUUAGCCUCAAGUCACUGAUAAAUAGUUAAAUAAAAUAAAAGACGUCGCCUCGUUUCUCCCCUCAACAACUCGACCGUCGCGUCAAACAUCAACCUUUUUUAGCAUAUAGUAUAUUAAGCGAGUAAACAACAACAAGUAAAAUAACUUCUGCAAGUGCUUUUUAUGUUUAAAGUGUGUGUGUGUUGCUGUCGGUGUGACCGCUUGCCCUCCUCCUUUUUGGGAUAAUCAUAGCAGAGAAAAUUCCGGCUUACUCAGUUGGUCACGUGGCCAAAAGUUUUGGCCAUGUUUUCCUGCUGGUCGUUCCAAUGCUAUUGUGCGUGACACUGUCAAAGAACAACACAAAUAUCAACAAGAACAACAACAACGUCAACAAUAAGAAACAACUUAGGAAUAUCACUUGGAAGAGCAAAGCUCAAUUUGUUGGCCAGCUGGCAAUCCGGGUCCAAGGAAAAUAUUCGAAAUGUACUUCAGCUAUGAGAAUGUCUAGUUGGACAGCGGGAGAAGUGAACCAGAAACCAGCAACCGGACGGGCUAAAACUGCAGCGGCGACUGGCGAAAUCUGCAAACCAAAUCCAACUUAAGCCACAUCAAAUUAAAAUCAACAAGCGCAAGAAGAAAAAACCAAAAAUAUUAAAAAAAAUCACGAGCAAACUGCAGCUUUUGGUUAACAAGAAAUUACAAAACCAUACAUACAUAUAUAUCUAUAUAUAUAUAUAAGUAUAUAGUAUGUAUAGAUAUAUUAAGGAGAGACAGAGCGAAGUGGAGAGAGAGAGCAUGAAAAUGAAGUGCAAUAAAAGUCAAAUGGUCACGUUAACAAUGUGGAAAAUUUUUAUGGCGCUGGUUCUGCUGCUCGCCCAGGCUCUCGUAAUGCCGGUCACAUUAGCACACCAACACUCUAUGUCCGGUGGCGGCGGAGCAGGAGGAGGAGGAGGAACAGGAGCUGCCACAGGACACAACGGUCCAGUGUCCAUGGGCAUGGGCAUGGGCAUGGGAAUGGGAAUGGGCCUCGGCAUGGGCUUAGGUGCCGUUGGCUCCGGACUGGGCAAAGAUGCACACGUGAAAACGAAGGACAUUGAUGCCGUUGAGGGUAAAUCAGUGUCACUUCCUUGCCCCAUUGCCGAGCCCUUGCACGAUGUUUAUAUGGUCUUAUGGUUUCGUGAUAAUGCGGGCAUACCUUUAUAUAGCUUCGACGUCCGCGAUAAUAUGGCCAUAGAACAACCUCGGCACUGGUCAGCUCCAGAGGUUUUUGGCUCACGCGCCAAAUUUCAUUUUGACUCGCAGCCAGCAACCUUGGAAAUUAAGGAUAUCAAGCGUCAUGAUCAAGGCAUUUACCGAUGUCGUGUGGAUUUUCGCACAGCUCAAACGCAAAGCUUCCGUUUCAAUUUGUCUGUCAUAAUUCUUCCGGAGCUACCUCUUAUACUGGACCGAUGGGGUCGGCAGCUCAAUGGCACGCAAUUGGGACCCAAGCAGGAGGGGGACGAUAUUGUUAUCACUUGUCGUGUGGUGGGCGGUCGUCCCCAACCUCAGGUACGCUGGCUCGUAAAUGGACUACUUGUCGACAAUCAAAACGAGCACAAUUCCGGCGAUGUUAUCGAGAAUCGACUCUUGUGGCCGUCGGUGCAGCGAAACGAUUUAAAUUCAGUAUUCACAUGCCAAGCAUUGAAUACUCAAUUAGAUAAGCCCAAGGAGAAGAGCUUCAUUCUAGACAUGCACUUGAAACCAUUGACUGUGAAAAUCCUGGAUCCGCCUAGUUCAAUGAUUGCCGAUCGUCGAUACGAAGUCACUUGCGAAUCGUCAGGUUCGCGUCCAAAUGCCAUCAUCACCUGGUACAAGGGAAAGCGUCAAUUGCGACGCACAAAGGACGACAUAUCAAAGAACUCAACACGCUCUGAACUGAGCUUUGUGCCCACCACAGACGACGAUGGUAAAUCGAUAACAUGCCGUGCGGAAAAUCCAAAUGUGAAUGGCCUGUAUUUGGAGACCAUGUGGAAAUUGAAUGUCAUCCCCCCGCUGGUUACGCUGCGUCUGGGCUCCACGCUAACACCGGAUGAUAUCAAGGAAGGCGAUGAUGUUUACUUCGAGUGUCACGUACAAUCGAAUCCUCAAUGGCGGAAACUGUUGUGGUUACAUAAUGGUAUUCACUUGGAGCAUAAUACCUCAGCCCGCGUCAUACGCUCCAAUCAGAGCCUGGUACUUCAGAAGAUCACCAAACACUAUGCCGGCAAUUAUGCAUGCAGCGCUAUUAACGAUGAGGGCGAAACAGUCAGCAAUCAAUUGCCAUUGAGAGUAAAAUACACACCCGUUUGCAAGCACGCAGAUCGCGUUAUACUAAUUGGAGCCUCCAAGGAUGAGACUGUUGAGGUUGUAUGCGAGAUACAAGCGGAUCCACCGCCUCGAACAUUUCGUUGGAAAUUCAACAACUCGGGUGAAACUCUGGACGUGAGCAGCGAACGUUUCAGCGUAAAUGGAAGCCGCAGCAUUUUAAAGUACACUCCAGUCACAGAUCAGGAUUACGGCACACUCUCUUGCUGGGCAGCCAAUGAGGUGGGAACACAACAGCAGCCUUGUCUCUUCCAAGUAGUUUUGGCGGCUCUGCCCAAUGGCGUCAGCAACUGCAGCAUCUUCAAUCGAACAGAGCUCAGUGUGGAUAUCCAAUGCGUUCAGGGGUACGAUGGCGGCCUUCCCCAAAUAUUUGUCCUCGAAAUGUUUUCAACACGCACUGGCAUUACCAGAUUCAAUCUGAGCAAUGCAGAAGAAGCACUCUUCUCACUAGAAAAUCUGGACACGCUUACCUCGAUUAUGAUGCAGGAGAAUAACUCGUUGAGGCUGCGUAUCUACUCCUACAAUCAAAAGGGGCGCAGUGCGGCAUAUUUGUUACCGGAUUUCAUAAUUGGCUCAACAGCUUACAAGACAGACGACGAUGUAACUCUAACGCUGUCUCCGGUGAUUGUUGGCAGCGUGUUGACCAUCAUAAUCAUUGGAGUGGCCAUAGCGAUACGGAUAUUUGCGGUAACAUUUGUGCACAAUUUACGGCGUAAUCGCCAGCAUGGCAACAAGGCAACAUCUGCAGGCGUCGUUGUACAAUCGGGGGAUGUCUUAAAAAGUGGCAACUUGGAAAAACCACGAUGGCAGCACACGGAUAUUAAAACGAAAUCAUCCGAAGAUUUGGUUGAGGAUGAACGAGAUCCAGAUGUAAUACCUUCUCAAUAUGUUGGCAGCAGCAGCGCCGGCAGUAGCGGCAGCAAUGCCUCCAAUGUGGGCAGCACCACAGCCGCCACAGCCACUGGCAGCAGCACCUCCACAGCGGUCGCCGCAGCUGCUUCCGCGGAGCGCGAUGCUCAUGAGUUUGUAGCUGCUGGGACGCCAUCCGGCGUUGGAGUUGGUGUUGGAGUCGUUGGCAGCAUUUCCAAAUGGUCUCCCAAUGGUAAUGCGCCGGGCAUGACAAUGACUACCACGUUGUCCAGUGAUCCAGCGAAUCCGCCGGUCACCUACAAUCAGAUAAACGCGCAGAGAGCCCAGCUGUUGGCUGCUGUUGCGGCGGCAGGUGGCGGCUGCAGCAGCACUGUCAUCUCGCCUAGCAGCAGCAUUAUGGGUAGCCUGGGAGGUGGGGGGAAGCCUCUGUCCUUGGCAAUAGGCGGAGCCAUCAUCGGAUCUCCCACAUCGCUGUCAUCAACAGCGACCCUCGCGGCGCAUCUGCAGCCAGCGCACAGCAGCGGUGUUGGCACUCUUCCGCCGGGUCUGGGCAGCGGUGGAGGCUACAUAUUGAAUGCCUAUGGAAGUAGUCGGCUGCAUCAUCCGCUGCAACAGGCAGCAGGAUCCAGUGUGGGUCACACCGCAACCUUGAAUCGGCAUCAUCAUCAUCAUCAUCACCAGCAACACCAACAGCAACAGCAACAGCAACACCAUCAGACACCCGGUUCUGGCUCGAGUCUUCUGCUGGGCAGCAUGGGUAGUGUGAUGGGCGUCGGGGUGACUUCGACGACAACCACCUCUUGCAACUCGUCGCAGGACUUGGACGACAAUAUCAACAUAAAUGCCAUCAAGGAUUGUCUCAUGACUCAACGUGUGCCCGAAAGUUGCGUUUAAAUGGAGUUAAGUAUUAAACAUAGAUCCAUUUACACUAUACCCACACUAGAUAGUCCAUGAAUAGCUAUUAUAUAUACAUUUGUAUAUGUAGAACUAUUGUUGUACUUGUACGUACUUCUAUAUAAAUAUGUAUGUAUUCGAUAUACAUCGAUUAGAGAUGAGCAAAAUUCCCAUACGUGAUUUAUGUUGAUGUUUAAAUCCACUUUCUGUUUUGGAUCAUCUAUAACAUAUUAUAGUAUCCGUUGCAUAUCUAUUGAGUAUCCAAAAAAUACCAUCACAUAUCAGCACAAAUUUAUGAAACAAAUUUGAGCAAUACUCCGGUGAAACAGUUGGAUCGAUAGAACCACAUAUCCUGCUAUCGACCAUAUCGCAGACACAUAUUCGAAUCAACUGAAAAUAAUUGAAAAUAAUUGUUGCAAUUGUUUUGCAUCGUUAAGCUUCCAUCCAACAUUUUGUAUUCGAACGUUUUUUAAUCUUGCAUUUUAAUCUUCGAAUAGUUCCUCUAUAUUUCCAAUUAACAUACUUUCUUUUUCGAUAUUAUCAGAAUUGCAUGGAAGUUUAGAUUGAAAUGCGAGGUAAAUUCAAUGAGAGUGAAUCAGAUACCAAUGUAUGAUACAUGAAUAAGCAUAUUAAUACUAGUAUUAACAUAAGGCAACUUCAAAAAGACUCUUAAAAUUAGUAGCGAAAUUAUUUGUAUUAAAAAUGUUCCCGAACGACAAGAAUAAAAUAAGAAAAUAAAUUGUAUAUACUUAACUUAUUAUGUACUGUAGAUAUUAAAUUGUGUAAAAAAAUCUACCUUGUUUAAGACUUUAGUCAUACACAAAAUAAGUAUAUUGAAUGGAUCCGAGUUCUAUGUGACUCCUCGAGACAAUUCAUAAAGUCCUGCGUAGCAAAAGUUAAGAUUUAAAACUAGAGUGUAUGCAAUUGUUAGAGAGUACAAUACGUUUAAGGACAACCUACUGUCAGAGUUUAGAUUAGCUUAAAAUAUUUUAGACUAUAAUGAUCGAUGAGUAAACAACAAUAGAAAGAAAAUAAAAACAAAACAAAAAAAAAACUAAGUCAUUGAGAAUGUGACAAAAAAUAAGAAUACAAAAAAUAAAGUAAAAGUAAAAUCAUAUAAAAUAAAAAGGAUUGCGAGCAUAAAACAAAAAGGUGUUCU